AGUGCGGGGGGGGGGCCCGGCGGCGGAAAGCGAAGACCCCCGCCCACCUGCCCGGCGUUGCCAUGGAGCCGCCUUUGCGCUUCGCCGGGCCUAGCCGCCUGGCCCGGGUUUCCCGCUGCGUCUCCUUCAGCGCCUGCCACCGGCUGCACAGUAACUUGCUGAGUGAUGAAGAAAACAAGAAACUUUUUGGGAAAUGCAAUAACCCCAAUGGACAUGGGCACAACUACAAAGUGGAAGUAACUGUACACGGAGAGAUUGAUCCUACUACUGGGAUGGUGAUCAACCUCACAGAUCUGAAAGACUACAUGGAGGAAGCUAUCAUGGAGCCUCUUGAUCACAAGAAUCUGGAUAAAGAUGUUCCCUACUUUGCUGAAGUCGUAAGCACUACAGAGAAUGUUGCCGUGUACAUCUGGGAAAACCUCCAGAAGCACCUUCCUAAGGGGACACUUUAUAAAGUCAAAGUGUAUGAAACAGACAAGAACAUUGUUGUUUACAAGGGAGAGGGGACCGUUCUGGAGAAAUGAAGAUGCCUUUGUCUUGAUGCCUUUGAUCUAGUGCUGGUGAAAGAACCCAAUCAACCGGAGGAUUAAUGAGCUUUAUCUGCUAAGUGUAGCCAUGAGAAAUCUAGAAUGUAUCUUAUUUGUUAAAGAUAUGCUAUAACAGAAAGACAGCAAGGCUUUUGUGAAGGAAGUGAAUCUUUUGUGCAGUUCUGUGCUGUUGGAAUUUGUUGCUGUCUUGAUGUGUCAAAAUGUCCUCUAUUUUUCUAGAUAGCAAGGAAGAUGUAGCUUCUCUGCCCUUUUGUAUCUGUUUCCGUUUACAUGGCACAAGAGAAGAGUCACACCAAUUCAAAAUCCUGAGUACUUACAGUCAUACCUCAUGUUA